AUGGCGGCGAAGAAGAAGAAACACAGGAAAGAGAAGAAGGUCCUUGUAUUCGAUGAAAAUUCUCGAAGGUAUUUAGAAUAUUGGCUGAGUGAUCCCGAGUAUUAACUCUCCUUGACCCUAAGUACUCACUAAUUCGUCUCUUAAUCGACCAAAAAGGAAUUUAAGAGCCUUUAAUUACUGCUCAUGCUGUAGUUUAGUUUUGGCGCGUGUUGAAUUUACUUAUAUUUCAUUUUAUCGUUUUUUGUUGUAAGGAGAAGAUCGGCUUUCAUACCUACUCAGCUGAUUAAAUUUUCAGGAAGUGCUUAAAGUGCAAAACUGCACAGAAACAAGGCGUUAGGGCCAUAAUUUUGUGUCGUUGUCACGUGUAGUGAAGUGUUAUACUAAGUGGUCAGUGAACAACCCCUCUAGCUCUACUAAUUAUUUUAUUUAAACUUGAAUAUUUUCAUCAACAUUUUCACACGUUUAAAAUCAUCCUAACCCUUUCAACCCCAAUAUCUUAUUAGCAAUUAUCCUUACUGUCUGUCAUACAAUUCCUAUGAUAUUAGUUUGAAGAAUUUGAUAUUGGGUCAACCAGUAAUCCCCUAAUUGAUAUUUUUCUUUAUUCUCAUCAUUUGUUGGCUUGAUAUUGCAGGGAGAAAUUCUGUCUUGGUCAUGCAUAGGAAUGAUCAAUGUUUUGAUACCUUGGUGUUUUUACUUGUAAUGAUGUUUCAAUAGAAUAGAAAGCAAAGCACAGCUGAGUAAAAAAUGCAUGUCUUACCAAUUAGCACAACAAAUGCUAUCAUACCUUGCACAGAACUUACAGCUUUAAAUACCAACACAAUCCUUAUUUGUAUGAUUACAUGUAUUACCCAAGAUUAAAAAAUCUGACACCUUGCAAACACUAUUGAAGUUCCAACAGCCUUGGAAGAUUUCAGAACAUGGUCAGUAUUUUAUCUUAUUUUCAUUCUCAAUCUGUAGGGAGUAUCUUCUUGGUUUUCACAAGAGGAAAAAUGAACGAAGGAAGAAGGCCAUGGAAGAAUUGACGAAGCAGGAAAAGGAAAGAAGAAAAGAGCUUAAACAAGAGGUUAGUCUGUUGCAAAAGCUUUGGUUGUCCUGAACUGUGUCUGACUAACAAAAGUGUACUAGGUAACUUUGAUGGCCUCUCUAGAAUGCCCCAUGAAAUUUGAAUUGAGGGUUGAUUUUCCUGACUGAUGACUAUAGGCACUUCUUCAUUGGCCUGUCCUGAUAUUAUUUGUUUCUCUUGGAGGGCAAUAUCCCAAUAUAGAUUAUUUUUCAAUUCUCAGAACCAACUGACUAAAAGUGUACAGAAGCUGAAAGGAUAAUUUAUAUCCUCAACUACCCUAGAGGUAAGACGGAAAACUGUUGUAAGCUCUAAAAGUGUAUUUAUCUCCUUGUGUAGAAAAAGAAGAGCUUGAUUGAACAAAUGGAAAAACACAGAAAAGAAUUAGGUAAGAAUUUUAGAAAUGGGAUUUGAAGACUUUUUAUGCUAUAUGCAGUUAUCAGUGACUUCAAAUUCACAAAGACACUCUCCAGCCAGUCUAUUAAUCAGCACUAACAGGCAGUAACUUUCAGGGAAUGUCUGAGAAUUUUUGAAAGGUAACCUUGGAUGGACUGGCACUUCAUCCAGGGAGAGUAGUUAUACCUCCUGGUCACUUAAUGCUAUAGACAUUGGGAUAAACUAUGGGUCAGUAGGCCACCACCUUAAAAAAUAUUAUUUCAGUAAUGAUAAUUCUUGUUACAAGGUCUGAAAUUUUGAAACAAAACAUAGCUUUUGACCAUACCUCACAGUCUUCAUCACCCUAGUGAUCUCUUUGUAGUGGAUUGGUUACAUAUUUGAUCAGAAGCUCAACAACAAGUAGCUGAAAAUGGUGGGUGCAGGUAAUCCAUUUAUUUUGGAAAAAAGAAAUAUAAUUUGGAAUCAUAAACUAUUAGUUACUUAUUUCAGAGGCUCUGGAAUCAGAUGAUGAGAAUGAGGAGGAGGAGGCACCUUCAACAGUUGAUGCAACCUAUGAACAUCCUGAGCAAGUUGUCACAGUUACUACAAUCAGUGAUGUGAACUUGGAUGGUGGAAAAUUUACAUGUAUUGGACCCAACAAAGUAAAUGAUAAAUACUAACAUAUUAAUCAAUGUCCAAAGUACAGUCGGGUCUCUCAUCCAUUCUAAUUAAUUAUACAUCAUUAAUUUAGCUUAUUAAGAAAAUCUCUUUGAUUGCCAAUUUGCAUUAUAAAGUAAGUUGAUUAAACCAAAUUAUCUUGUAGUACCCCCACUGAUGCUGCACCACAAUUUCUCUAAAAACUUACCCCCUUUAUAAUAAUAAUAAUUAAUAAUAAUCAAUAAUUCUUGGUCACCACGAUUUUGUUGUUGUAUCACAGUCUAGAACCUUCAGUUAGUCAUCAUUUUUUACCUUCUACCCUACAUUUCAAUUAGAUUUUAAAUUAAUCACAAUUAGCAUUUUUUUUCUUUUUCUUUUAAAGGGGUUGAUGGAAACAGAAACAUCACAACUUCAUACUUCACCUUUAGAGAAACAGAAUGAAACCUUUGAUAAAAUGACAGAAAAGUAAGUUUAACUUAUUUAUAUUUAUAUCUUGUGUCUUCCCAAGUUGGGAGAGGUGUAACAAGGCCUCAAAAAAAUCAAACUGUCCUCUUUGGGGCAGUCAUCAGCUUUGGGGCAGUUAUCAUCAGUGGGGCAGUCAUCAGCUUUGGGCAGUCAUUAUCUCUGGGGGCAGUCAUCAUCUUUGAGGCAGUCAUUAUCUUUGGGGUAGUCAUGAUCUUUGGAGCAGUCAUCAUCUUUGGGACAGUCAUUAUCUUGGGAAAUUCAUAAUCUUCAGGGCAGUCAUUACUAGAUUUCCACAUCAGAAAAGUAAUCUUUCCCCUCUACUUACCCGAGAAAAGAAACUCCACAUGAGCUUAACCCUUUCACUCCCAAGAUCUCAGUAGGAAUUCUUCUUACUGUAAGCAAUGCAGUUCUUAUGAUGGGAGUUUGGAGAAUUUAGUAUUGGAUCAACCGACAAUCCCCUAAUUGAUUAUUUUCUUUAUUCUCAUCACAUGUCUGCAGGAUAAUGUAUUGGUAUUGUUAGGAGAAACUUUGUUUUGGUCACUCAUGGCAGACGCUGUUAAGUUUGUCAAGCUGAACUUCAUUAUGUCAUUUUAUAUCAAUGUUUUCUACUGAUUUUUAAGUACAUACAUGUAUUUAACCCUUUAACUCCCAAGAGUGACCAAGACAGAAUUUCUCCUUGCUUUAUUUAUACAAUGUCAUACAGGCAAAUGAUGAGAAUAAAGGAAAAUAUCAAUUAUGAGAUUACUAAUUGAUCCAAUACCAAAUUCUCCAAACUAACAUGAUGAGAAUCAUUUGGCAGACAGUAAGGAGAAUUACCAAUGAGAUCUUGGGAGUUAAAGGGUUAAAGAACAACACAAAGGGAGAAGUAGUCUAGAACUGCAUUGUAACUGUCGAUGAGACUUUCUUCAACUGUUUACAUGCACAGAACCACUCCCAAACAUCAGCAAAAAUCACACAAGAAAUUUAGAAGAAGAAGAGGAACAUCAAGUAAGAAAAGUGACCAUCACCAGAAUGGGCCGUCUGGAAAAAAUAACAAGAGAAAAAAAGCUCAUUCUCACCACAAAUCAAAACAUUUCAAGAAGAGUUGACUCUAACAACCCAGGUUGUAAAUGGUGUUUGAUGGCCAAGAGGAAAGUCAACAGGAACAGACGUCUACGUCGUGGCAUGGUGUAGUGCUGCACAUGCCCGAUUGAUAUAGAGGGUGCAAAUUUUGAAAGUCCUUGAAAAGGUUUAGACCAAUCUGAUAACUAAAGGAUUACUUUUCAAUCUUUACUCUUGAAAAGGAAAAAAGGCUGUUGUAGCAUCUUCAAUGACAAAAGUUUUUAGGAAUCGAUACCUACAAUUCAUUCUUCGACCCGUUUCUUCGCUGAUUUCCCGGAACAAGUAGUCGUGCCUUUAUUAUGUGGCGAGGUUAUUCCACUUCUCCAAGUGUACAUCCGCAGUAAAAGAAAAGAAAAAUAGGUCAAGGCGAUAAUGUGUCAUGCUCCUCUUUCUACAUAGUAAUAAAUAAUAACAAGCAAUUUCAAGGAGGAAAUUUCAACAAUUGGAAACUCAAUGAACAUUGAAUACUAAUGGAUUUUAUAAACUUGAUAACAGAAGUAGUUCAAAUAAACACUAAAAGGCGAUACGUGGUGUUCAUGUACAAAAUUAGAC